AUGAACGGGCAACAUAGCAGGGACCUUGGCCCAGAUAAACUCAAUUUAGAAGAAGGGUAAGUCUCUGGCUACACCAGAUACCCUAACACUGAACACAAGUGCAUCAACAGGCUAUACCUGUCUGCAUAUAAUUACUCACAGCAAUGCCAUUAAGUACUGAUAUGUGUGAUUUUGUUAACCCUUAAUCUUUGUGUGUUGCGCCACAGUGGUACCACAGCUUUCAUGUUUCUAAAUGUGUUUAUUUUCUCUCAAGGUUUGAUGGACUGGAGUUCAUGGCAGAGCGGGAUGAGUUCCUGCCAGGGAAGAGGCCAGGAAUAAAGGCACCUCAGUUCACUGAUGUGAGUGCUCAGCCUUAGUUUAAAGGUCAUUAGUAUGAGCAUCAGAGAUCUGUUGUAUGAGAGUAAUUAUACUGUGGUAUAAAAACAACUUUAUGUAAAAUGUUACAACUAAAACUAGAUACUGUAUUGUUUUGUGGAUUGUGUGUGUGAUUUUUCCUUUAUUUUCCCACCCUAGUUUGAGGGUAAAACUUCAUUUGGAAUGUCCAUCUUCAAUCUCAGCAAUGCCAUCAUGGGCAGUGGAAUUCUGGGACUAGCGUACGCCAUGUCCAACACCGGUAUCAUCCUUUUCCUGUGAGUAACCAUGCCAACACAACACAAGUCACACUUGUCCUCCUUUUUUGUCAAGAUCACUGUGGUUCCCUAAGGCUUGAUGAACUCUACUAUGACCUCAGAUCAGACAUAUCUGAAUGCUGUCGCUGUGUGUGUGUCUGGGUCCGGGCUAUAUACCCAAUAGGGUUAAAGAAUGACACUGGUUGUGUUUAUAGUGUCAUCAUGCUGUGAUGAUGCUAUAAUGAUGAGACUAUCCAGGCCACACUAGACUGAGUGCUUAGCCGGCAGAUCCAUAAAGGGAAACAUUUAGAUUGUUUUACAAGAAAAGAGUAUGGCUAUUGUGGGUAUGACAUUCUGGCUGUGUGUGUGUACAUUAUUGAGAAGUCUGUUGAGUGUAUAACCUGGUCACUUACCGCUAUAAAAGCUCAACUCUGCUAGUCACAGCCCAGCUAGCACAUUUGGUUCCUUGGAAGUUGUUUGAACGUACGUUUUUGGUUUCCCAUUGGUUCUGGGAAAGAAGCGAUACGUGUCCUGACUAUUUUUUAAACAUUCUGAGAAUGGAAGUGGGCAUUUUUGCCUGUUCUGGGAAUGUACAUUUUUAGGUUGCAGGGAGGUUCUGAGAAUGUUUUACUAUGGUUCCCUGACAGUUUUCAUGGGAGGUUUUAUUAAUGGAAUGAGAACAGAAAUGAAGGUAAUUAGACUUCUAAAAACACUGCUAGCUUAGUUUGGGUUAACUGUUUUGAACUCCAAGCAAAGAUACAACACAUGAACAUUAUUUUGCUUAGGCAUUAAUCAUGCAAACACAUUUCUUUUUUAUUGUGGCAUAGCGUCAGUGAGAUUGGAACCUAUGAUGUUCUGUUCCCUAUCGUUGGAAUUAGUUCACAAGGAUGGAGCUAGCAUGCCAUGUUUUUUACUCAUACAAAGCUGUUAAUUUUCAUCUAUUCAAACAGACCCCAUUUCAAAGGAAACAAGAACUCAUUAAGGUCAGGUGUGGCCAACAUACCUGAACACACUUAACAGGAUUAGAGGGGUCGGCAGCCCCCCCCCACCCCAUGAUAAAAUGUAUAGAAUUGCAAGAAAAUUUUACAAAUUGUGGUUUUUAUGGAAAGUUUUCAUUGACGUUCUUAAAUAGAACCAUGAGGAAACCUGAAGAAAACGUUACGCUGAAAUAAUAUACUGAAAUAAUUUCAUUAUUUCAGCAUAAAUUCCCACAGAAGAAUGUGUCACACCCUGAUCUGUUUCACCUGUCUUGUGCUUGUCUCCACCCGCCACUAGGUGUCUCCUAUAUUUCCCCAUUAUCCCCUGUGUAUUUAUACCUGCGUUUUCUGUUUGUCUGUUGCCAGUUCGUCUUGUUUUGUCAGGUCUUACCAGCGUGUUUCCCGUUUCUCAAGUUUUGUUUUCUAGUCUUCCCGGUUUUGACCUUUCUGCCUGUCCUGACCCUGAGUCCGCCUGCCGUUUUGUCCCUGAUUGACUCUGCCUUGGAUUACGAACCUCUGCCUGCCCCCAACCUGCCCUUUGCCUGCCCCUAUGUUAUAAGAAAUAUUCUCAGAAUUAAACUAUCUGCCUCCUGUGUCUGCAUCUGGGUCAUAUCCUGAGUCGUGAUAGAAUGCUGUUUCCUAAUGUUCUCUCUAAUGUUCUCUGAACGUUCUGAGACCAUGACUUUAAAUAGAACCAUGAGGAAACCUGUAGAAAAUGUUGUGCUGAAGCACUGAAAUUCCCACAGAAGAAACAUAUGGUUCUCAGAAUGUUAUGUGCUAGCUGGGUAUCCUGCACCAUUCCCAGAAUGUUGUGGGAAGGCUGUAUGCAAAAUAACCAUAGGACAACCAUGCUCUCACCAAGCUCUAAGAAACAUAUAGUUCUCUGAACGUUAUGUGCUAGCUGCGAGGCUUGUAAGAUGGGUGGAGCCAAGGAUGUACAAGUGUAGGAUCUUAAUUUGAGCCAGUUUACUACAGCAGAAAAAUAACCCUGCAACAAAAGGAAAUGUGAAUGGAUUAUAAUUAAUGGGCAUUAUUGUAGGAGUUGAUAAAUUUUUUGUAAGGGAAAAUCAAGUCUGAAAUUACAAACUUCUGAAGCAUUUUUAAUCCUCAAAUAUACUACAGGCUUUAUUUUAACAAACAUAACGCAAUGGUAAAUCUCAGCGCUGUCGGAAAUAUUUUAGCUAUUUUCACAACCGGAAUUAUGGGCGCAGUAGCUGGUGGUAGCUCGAAAGGGCUGGGUUUUGACAAAUAAACAAGUUCAAAAUCAAAUCAAAAUCAAAUCAAAUUUUAUUUGCCACAUGCGCCGAAUACAACAGGUGUAGACAUUACAGUGAAAUGCUUACUUAAAAGCCCUUAACCACUAAAGAGCAGCAGUAAAAUAAAAUACCAGUAGGGAGGCUAUAUACAGGGGGGUACCGGUGCAGAGUCAAUGUGCGGGGGCACCGGCUAGUCGAGGUAAUUGAGGUAAUAAGUACAUGUGGGUAGAGUUAAAGUGACUAUGCUAAAAUAAUAAACAGAGUAGCAGCAGCGUAAAAGAGGGGGAUGGGGUGGGGGUGGGGGGGCAGUGCAAUUAUUAGCUGUUCAGGAGUUUUAUGGCUUGGGGGUAGAAGCUGUUGAGAAGCCUUUUGGACCUAGACUUGGCGCUCCAGUACCGCUUGCCGUGCGGUAGCAGAGAGAACAGUCUAUGACUAGGGUGGCUGGAGUCUUUGACAAUUUUGAGGGCCUUCCUCUGACACCGCCUGGUAUAGAGGUCCUGGAUGGCAGGAAGCUUGGCCCCAGUGAUGUACUGGGCCAUACGCACUACCCUCUGUAGUGCCUUGCGGUCGGAGGCCGAGCAGUUGCCAUACCAGGCGGUGAUGCAACCAGUCAGGAUGCUCUCGAUGGUGCAGCUGUAGAACUUUUUGAGGAUCUGAGGACCCAUGCCAAAUCUUUUCAGUCUCCUGAGGGGGAAUAGGCUUUGUCGUGCCCUCUUCACAACUCUCUUGGUGUGUUUGGACCAUGAUAGUUUGUUGGUGAUGUGGACACCAAGGAACUUGAAGCUCUCAACCUGUUCCACUACAGCCCCGUCGAUGAGAAUGGGGGCGUGCUCAGUCCUCUUUUUCUUCCUGUAGUCCACAAUCAUCUCCUCUGUCUUGAUCACGUUGAGGAAGAGGUUGUUAUCCUGGCACCACACGGCCAGGUCUCUGACCUCCUCCCUAUAGGCUGUCUCAUUGUUGUCAGUGAUCAGGCCUACCACUGUUGUGUCGUCUGCAAACUUAAUGAUGGUGUUGGAGUCGUGCCUGGCCAUGCAGUCAUGGGUGAACAGGCAGUACAGGAGGGGACUGAGCACGCACCCCUGAGGGGUCCCUGUGUUGAGGAUCAGCGUGGCAGAUGUGUUGUUACCUACCCUUACCAUCUGGGGGCGGCCAGUCAGGAAGUCCAGGAUCCAGUUGCAGAGGGAGGUGUUUAGUCCCAGGAUCCUUAGCUUAGUGAUGAGCUUUGAGGGCACUAUGGUGUUGAACGCUGAGCUGUAGUCAAUGAAUAGCAUUCUCACGUAGGUGUUCCUCUUGUCCAGGUGGGAAAGGGCAGUGUGGAGUGCAAUAGAGAUUGCAUAAUCUUUGGAUCUGUUGGGGCGGUAUGCAAAUUGGAGUGGGUCUAGGGUUUCUGGGAUAAUGGUGUUGAUGUGAGCCAUGACCAGCCUUUCAAAGCACUUCAUGGCUACAGACGUGAGUGCUACGGGUCGGUAGUCAUUUAGGCAGGUUAUCUUAGUGUCCUUGGGCACAGGGACUAUGGUGGUCUGCUUGAAACAUGUUGGUAUUACAGACUCAUUCAGGGACAUGUUGAAAAUGUCAGUGAAGACACUUGCCAGUUGGUCAACACAUGCUCGGAGUACACGUCCUGGUAAUCUGUCUGCUUCAUGUUGUCUAUUUACGUUAUUUUAUGUACUUCGUUGUCAUCAACUCCAAUUCGAAUGUUAGUCCGUUAUAGCCUAGUUUGUUAAAUUGCCUACAGAAACAAAAUAACAAAAUGUAUGUAGGCCUGUCCAAUCUUUGAUAAAUAUGUUGAACAUGUUUGCAGUCUACAUUGUAAGAAGCCUAAUUGCAUGGCUUCAAUAUGGAAAUAUAUUGUUAACACCCCCUAGAAUCGAUGUCCGCACCCCCGCAGGAAAUCAAAUUAGCAUAAUAAAAAAGUAUUAAUAUUGAAAAUGAAAUAGCUAAAUGGUCCUUGGUAUGACCUUCUAACUCCCCCCCCCCCCCCCCCCCCCCUAACCAAUAACAGCUUAGACUGUUAUGGGUUAAACAUAGCAUUCACACUGAUAUAGGGGCUAGGCUUACUGUAAAUUGCAUUUUGUCUGCCAUGUCUGGGCCAUGGACAUGCCAAACGUUGUCAAUAAGCAAUAUUAAAUUCACUAUUGAUAAGGCUUAAAAAGAGACUGAAUAAUUCUAAUAAAAUUGUUAUCAAAACUUAACAACUUGUUUUAAAUAGGCUAUGUCUAAAUACAGUUACAGGCACUAAAAUGGCUCCCUGUGGGUAUACAGUACCGGUCAAAGGUUUGGACACACCUACUCAUUCAAGGGUUCAUGAGGUAGUCACCUGGAAUGGAUUUAAAUUAACAGGUGUGACUUGUUAAAAGUUAAUUUGUGGAAUUUCUUCAUUCUUAAUGCGUUUGAGCCAAUCAGUUGUGUUGUGACAAGGUAUGGGGGGUAUACAGAAGAUAGCCCUAUUUAGUAAACAACCAAGUCCAUAUUAUCGCAAGAACAGCUCAAAUAAGCAAAGAGAAACGACAGUCCAUCCUUACUUUAAGACAUGAAGGUAAGUCAAUCUGGAAAAUUUCAAGAACUUUGAAUGUUUCUUCAAGUACAGUCGCAAAAACCAUCAAGCACUCUGAUGAAACUGGCUCUCAUGAGGACCGCCACAGGAAAGGAAGAACUACAGUUAUCUCUGCUGCAAAGGAUAAGUUCAUUAAAGUUACCAGCCUCAGAAAUCGGCAAUUAACUGCACCUCAGAUUGCAGCCCAAAUAAAUGCUUCAAAGAGUUGAAGUAACAGACAUCAACUGUUCAGAGGAGACUGCAUGAAUCAGGCCUUCAUGGUCAAAUUGCUGCAAAGAAACCACUACUAAAGGACACCAAUAAUAAGAAGAGACUUUUGCUUGGGCCAAGAAACCAGAGCAAUGGACAUUAGAACGGUGGAAAUCUGUCCUUUGGUCUGAUGAGUCCAAAUUUGAGAUUUCUGGUUCCAACAGCCGUGUCUUUGUGAGACGCAGAGUAGGUGAACGGAUGAUCUCUGCAUGUGUGGUUCCCACCAUGAAGCAUGGAGGAGGAGUGAUGGGGUGGGGGUGCUUUGCUGGUGACACUGUCAGUGAUUUAUUUAGAAUUCAAGGCAUACUUAACCAGCAUGGCUACCGCAGCAUUCUGCAGCGAUACGCCAUCCCAUCUGGUUUUCGCUUAGUGUGACUAUAAUUUGUUUUUCAACAAGACAAUGACCCAAAAUACACCUCCAGGCUGUGUAAGGUGUGUAUUUGACCAAGAAGGAGAGUGAUGGAGUGCUGCAUCAGAUGCCCUGGCCUCCACAAUCACCAGACCUCAACCCAAUUGAGAUGGUUUGGGAUGAUUUGGACCACAGAGUGAAGGAAAAGCAGCCAACAAGUGCUCAGCAUAUGUGGGAACUCCUUCAAGACUGUUGGAAAAGCAUUCCAGGUGAAGCUGCUUGAGAGAAUGCCAAGAGUGUGCAAAGCUGUCAUCAAGGCAAAGGGUGGCUACUUUGAAGAAUCUAAAAUCUAAAAUAUAAUUUGGUUACUACAUGAUUCCAUAUGUGUUAGUUAAUAGUUUUGAUGUCUUCACUAUUAUUCUACAAUGUAGAAAAUAGUAAAAAUAAAGAAAAACCCUUGAAUGAGCAGGUGUGUCCAAACUUUUGACUGGUACAGUAUAAUAUUAAGGCAAUGCAGACAAUGGAGGCUUUUAUGCACAUCGCAAGUUUUCAAAGAAACUGGACAAAGAUCCAAUAUAAAGAGAAUGUCCCCUCACUGUUUUACUGCUCCCAAAUAUAAUGUUUUAUAAACAUAAUGGAACCAUCUUACAGAUCGCAUUCACACUUCUCCAGAAACAGCAAACGGCUCUUAAAUUGCAUUGCAUGCGAGCUGGAUGUUCACCAUAAAGGCAGGACAGUGAAUAAUUCUAAUAAGUUAAAUAAGUCAAAUCAAAUGAAAACAAGAUAUCAUUUUUAUUUUUUUUACAACAACGAUAGUUUAAAAUACACUGCUCAAAAAAAUAAAGGGAACACUAAAAUAACACAUCCUAGAUCUGAAUGAAUGAAAUAAUCUUAUUAAAUACUUUUUUCUUUACAUAGUUGAAUGUGCUGACAACAAAAUCCCACAAAAAUUAUCAAUGGAAAUCAAAUGUAUCAACCCAUGGAGGUCUGGAUUUGGAGUCACCCUCAAAAUUAAAGUGGAAAACCACACUACAGGCUGAUCCAUCUUUGAUGUAAUGUCCUUAAAACAAGUCAAAAUGAGGCUCAGUAGUGUGUGUGGCCUCCACGUGCCUGUAUGACCUCCCUACAACGCCUGGGCAUGCUCCUGAUGAGGUGGCGGAUGGUCUCCUGAGGGAUCUCCUCCCAGACCUGGACUAAAGCAUCCGCCAAUUCCUGGACAGUCUGUGGUGCAACGUGGCGUUGGUGGAUGGAGCGAGACAUGAUGUCCCAGAUGUUGGGAUUCAGGUCUGGGGAACGGGCGGGCCAGUCCAUAGCAUCAAUGCCUUCCUCUUGCAGGAACUGCUGACACACUCCAGCCACAUGAGGUCUAGCAUUGUCUUGCAUUAGGAGGAACCUAGGGCCAACCGCACCAGCAUAUGGUCUCACAAGGGGCCUGAGGAUCUCAUCUCGGUACCUAAUGGCAGUCAGGCUACCUCUGGCGAGCACAUGGAGGGCUGUGCGGCCCCCCAAAGAAAUGCCACCCCACACCAUGACUGACCCACCGCCAAACCGGUCAUGCUGGAGGAUGUUGCAAGCGGCAGAACGUUCUCCACGGCGUCUCCAGACUCUGUCACGUCUGUCACAUGUGCUCAGUGUGAACCUGCUUUCAUCUGUGAAGAGCACAGGGCGACAGUGGCGAAUUUGCCAAUCUUGGUGUUCUCUGGCAAAUGCCAAACGUCCUGCACGGUGUUGGGCUGUUAACCCUCAUGGAGUCUGUUUCUGACCGUUUGAGCAGACACAUGCACAUUUGUGGCCUGCUGGAGGUCAUUUUGCAGGGCUCUGGCAGUGCUCCUCCUGCUCCUCCUUGCACAAAGGCGGAGGUAGCAGUCCUGCUGCUGGGUUGUUGCCCUCCUACGGCCUCCUCCACGUCUCCUGAUGUACUGGCCUGUCUCCUGGUAGCGCCUCCAUGCUCUGGACACUACGCUGACAGACACAACGAACCUUCUUGCCACAGCUCGCAUUGAUGUGCCAUCCUGGAUGAGCUGCACUACCUGAGCCACUUGUGUGGGUUGUAGACUCCGUCUCAUGCUACCACUGGAGUGAAAGCACCGGCAGCAUUCAAAAGUGACCAAAACAUCAGCCAGGAAGCAUAGGAACUGAGAAGUGGUCUGUGGUCACCACCUGCAAAACCAGUCCUUUAUUGGGGGUGUCUUGCUAAUUGCCUAUAAUUUCCACCUGUUGUCUAUUCCAUUUGCACAACAGCAUGUGACAUUUAUUGUCAAUCAGUGUUGCUUCCUAAGUGGACAGUUUGAUUUCACAGAAGUGUGAUUGACUUGGAGUUACAUUGUGUUGUUUAAGUGUUCCCUUUAUUUUUUUGAGCAGUGUAGCUUGGGGCCAGAAGCGUGAUGUCAUAAAAUCGACAGGAUAUAAAAGAAAAGGGUGAAACAGGAAACAAGCAAUCUCAUCUCUCAUUUCGUGAUGGGCAGAUAUACAGUGAGGUAAAAAAGUAUUUGAUCCCCUGCUGAUUUUGUACGUUUGCCCACUGACAAAGACAUGAUCAGUCUAUCAUUUUAAUGGUAGGUUUAUUUGAACAGUGAGAGACAGAAUAACAACAAAAAAAUAAAAAAAAACGCAUGUCAAAAAUGUUAUAAAUUGAAUUGCAUUUUAAUGAGGGAAAUAAGUAUUUGACCCCUCUGCAAAACAUGACUUAGUACUUGGUGGCAAAACCGACGUCAGACGUUUCUUGUAGUUGGCCACGAGGUUUGCACACAUCUCAGGAGGGAUUUUGUUCCACUCCUCUUUGCAGAUCUUCUCCAAGUCAUUAAGGUUUCUAGGCUGACGUUUGGCAACUCGAACCUUCAGCUCCCUCCACAGAUUUUCUAUGGGAUUAAGGUCUGGAGACUGGCUAGGCCACUCCAGGACCUUAAUGUGCUUCUUCUUGAGCCACUCCUUUGUUGCCUUGGCCGUGUGUUUUGGGUCAUUGUCAUGCUGGAAUACCCAUCCACGACCCAUUUUCAAUGCUCUGGCUGAGGGAAGGAGGUUCUCACCCAAGAUUUGACGGUACAUGGCCCUGUCCAUCGUCCCUUUGAUGCGGUGAAGUUGUCCUGUCCCCUUAGCAGAAAAACACCCCCAAAGCAUAAUGUUUCCACCUCCAUGUUUGACGGUGGGGAUGGUGUUCUUGGGGUCAUAGGCAGCAUUCCUCCUCCUCCAAACACGGCGAGUUGAGUUGAUGCUAAAGAGCUCAAUUUUGGUCUCAUCUGACCACAACACUUUCACCCAGUUCCCUCUGAAUCAUUCAGAUGUUCAUUGGCAAACUUUAGACGGCCCUGUAUAUGUGCUUUAUUGAGCAGGGGGACCUUGCGGGCGCUGCAGGAUUUCAGUCCUUCACGGCGUAAUGUGUUUCCAAUUGUUUUCUUGGUGACUAUGGUCCCAGCUGCCUUGAGAUCAUUUACAAGAUCCUCCCGUGUAGUUCUGAACUGAUUCCUCACCGUUCUCAUGAUCAUUGCAACUCCACGAGGUGAGAUCUUGCAUGGAGCCUCAGAUCGAGGGAGAUUGACAGUUAUUUUGUGUUUCUUCCAUUUGCGAAUAAUCGCACCAACUGUUGUCACCUUCUCACCAAGCUGCUUGGCGAUGGUCUUGUAGCCCAUUCCAGCCUUGUGUAGGUCUACAAUCUUGUCCCUGACAUCCUUGGAGAGCUCUUUGGUCUUGGCCAUGGUGGAGAGUUUGGAAUCUGAUUGAUUGAUUGCUUCUGUGGACAGGUGUCUUUUAUACAGGUAACAAACUGAGAUUAGGAUCACUCCCUUUAAGAGUGUGCUCCUAAUCUCAGCUCGUUACCUGUAUAAAAGACACCUGGGAGCCAGAAAUCUUUCUUAUUGAGAGGGGAUGCAAAUACAUUUAUAACAUUUCUGACAUGCGUUUUUCUGGAUUUCUUUGUUGUUAUUCUGUCUCUCACUGUUCAAAUAAACCUACCAUUAAAAUUAUAGACUGAUCAUCAAAAUACUUUUUUCCCUCACUGUACAUGUAGCCUAUAUGGAGGGUUUUUUAUGCACAUCCAAGAUGGGAGCUGGCUCAAAUAUUGUAGGCCACAAUACAUAGAUAAAAAACGGAUGUCCGCUCACUCUUUUGAUGCUCCCAAACUUGAUCUUUUAAUAAAGGUUUGGUGAUUAAGAUUUAUUUCAAAGCAGUCUCACAAGCCAAAAUCUUAAUUGAUAGGCUUGGCUACUUGUCAAACGCAUUGGGCAGGACAAAAAAAACAGCGUUCAUUGAGUGGAGGGAGCUAUAUGCUUGGUUUUUUAUCAAAUGAAACCAAAUGGAAAAAACAUUAGUUUUUGUAAUAUACGAGGGUUACCGGCACAAAAAGCACAUCUCUCUUGUUCCAUGAGCAUAAGGGAUAUGUGCUGCAGGAAAUUUGUACUUUUGCGCUUGUGUUCAAGGCCACACCUCAAAUAUUGCCACACCUCAGCGCAAGCGUGCUGAUGUUAGACUGGUAAAUUGCUGAACCUCGUGUAAAAUGCCAGAGCACCAGUUUUUACAUGCUGAAAUUGCAAACUAACAGGCGUUUGGCACUUGCGCCUUCGUAGCGGCAGCCGAAAAUAGAGCCCUACAAGUUUUACAUUUCCUGCAUCGCAGGAAAGUUCUCUUGCAACAGGGUGAUCAAAUUAAGAUCUUACAUCUGUACACACAAGGGGGAUCAAAGGAUACGGUUUGGCCUGUCCUGUGUUGUGUGUGUUCUCAGUCGCUUCCUGUAUCUGAGUAUGUGGGCUGGCCUAUCGGUCUGUUUAGUGCUCAUACACACGCUGCUCUCCUAAAUCAAAUUUGUGGUUAUAAAUAACUUGUAGUGAUCAGAUCAGAUCAAAGGCAGGUCUGCCUGAAUCAGUCAUGUGUGUCCAUUGGGAAUGGGGAGGGGUGGACUGGCAGUUGGGUAAGCUGCGUCACAAAUGAAUCACACUUGUGAUGGUCAUUCAUAGCUGGUAGUACAACAGCGAGAGAAGUUGGGUCAACGGCGUUACUGACUCAUUAGCCGUUGUGGUGUGAUGUCUGGUACCGCGAGACAACUAAGCCACUGAUGAGGCCAUGCCAAAUGUAACUGAUAUGUUGAUUAACCUUGUUAUGCUAAUUGCAGAGCUUUAUACUGUUAAGAAAUCAAUGUUGUAAUUUAUGUUUGUUUGUGUUUUCAGUAUCCUGUUGCUAUUCAUUGCCAUUUUGUCAGCCUAUUCCAUCCACCUCCUCCUGAGAAGUGCAGGAGUUGUAGGUAAGAUGCUGGUAUUUUACCAAGAUACCUAUCUUUAUAAUGAAACCAAGAACAUUCGUAGUAUAGCCUACAAUGACUUCAUAUGUCCAAUGAACUACAGUAUGUUAGGCAGAGUAUGUGGCUAAGAAUCUUAUUUAUCACCUUAAAGCAGCAACUACAGAAACAAUAGUACGUACCCCUUUCCUGCAGUCAAAUGACCUAGUGGCCUCAUGGGUGGAAUGUCAUUUUAAAAAUUCAUAAUUUCAUAAUUAAUCAACAUUAUUUCUAAAAACCUACCGAAAAUCCAGUGUUUCUAUAUCAAACAGUUUUGUUAUAUUUCAGUCUUCUGUGAUGUAUAUAACGUGUAAUAUUGGAAUGCAAACCUCAAAAUUGAAUAGAUUUCAACUCUAUAUCUGACCUUUUUUUUAAGCCUAUAACCAUACUUUUGUUUCAAAGUAGAUUUGUUUAAGACUACCAAGAAACACUCUGUGUGACCCUGAUUUUAGCCCAUUGCACUUCAGAGGUUAACGUGCAUGUGUGUGUUCUCUCAGGCAUCCGUGCCUAUGAGCAGCUAGGGCACCGUGCCUUUGGACAACCAGGCAAAGUGUUGGCUGGCUCCAUCAUCACCAUGCACAACAUUGGAGGUAAAGUACAGUAUGUCACCGGCAGGUCAUGAUUGGCUUAUGUUAUUGUAUGUAAGCCUCAUGUAUGUACUUACUUAAGUGCAAGUACAAGUGCCACUGAAAGUGCUCCUGUCAUAGAAGGUCUAAUGACUUAAGUGACAUAAUGCACAAGUGUAAACAAGUUUUGUUUUCCGUUUCCCAUAGCGAUGUCCAGUUACCUCUUCAUUGUGAAGUCUGAGCUCCCGUUGGUCAUGCAGGCCUUUCUUGGCCUGACGGAAAAUACUGGGUAAGUGUCUCUAGAAGGCAGUUGUUGCUGUUAUUUCAUAAUGCAGGCUAUAAAACAGGAGCAUUUAAAAUGUUAUUUGAUAGAUUGUUCUGAAAGUUGGUUCUAGUGUAUAAUCUGUGUGUUCUUGCUGUCUGUCAGAGAGUGGUAUUUGGAUGGGAGGUACCUCAUCAUCAUUGUAAGCGUCAUCAUCAUCUUUCCACUCUCACUCAUGAGACACCUUGGUAAGUUCCCAUGUCUUCCACCAUCACUAAUUUCACUUCAAACUCUAUAUUCAUAUUCUCUUUUUGUAGCAUGCUAGUAGUGACAGAAUAACACGAUAUGUCUCUAUUUCAACACAAUGUGAUCUUCUGUUAUCACCUCACAGGUUACCUUGGUUACACCAGUGGCUUCUCUCUCUCAUGUAUGGUUUUCUUCCUCAUCUCAGUGAGUCCUCUUCUUCAUCAACCAACUAACCAAUAUCCCAACCAACUAAACAAUACAUAGCCUGGCCCCAGAUCUGUUUCUGCUGUCUUGCCAACUCCCAUGGUUGUAAUGGUCAACAACCAUACAAGUUGGCUGGGACCAGGCUAAUCAAAUCAAAUUGUAUUUGUCACAUGCUUCUUAGACAACAGGUGUAGACUAACAGUGAAAUGCUUACUUACGGGUCCUUUUCCAACAAUGCAGAGUUAAAGAUAAGAUUAAAAAACAUAAAUAUAUAUAUAUAUAUAUAUAUAUAUAUAUAUAUAUAUAUAUAUAUAUAUAUAUAUAUAUAUAUAUAUAUAUAUAUAUAUAUAUAUAUAUAGAAAUAGCUAUAUAUUGGGAGUAGAAAAUAACAUGGCUAUAUACAGGGAGUACCAGUACUGAGUCAAUGUGCAGGAUGUGCAGGGGUACGAGGUUAUUAUGGUAGCUAUGUGCUGUACAUAUACAGUAGGUAGGUGUAAAGUGACUAGUAGCCACGUAUUUGGUGAGUGUGUGUGUGUGUGGAGUCAGUAUACAUGUACAGUCUGUGCAUGUUAUGUGUGUGUGGGCGUAUGUAGUGUGUGUGUAUGUGUGUGUUGGGGUGUCAGUGUAAGUAUGUGUAAGUGUGUGGGUAGAGUCCAGUGUGUGUGCAUAGAGUCAGAGGAAGAGUGUUAGUGUAAAAAAGGGUAAUUGCAGGUUAUGUGUGUGUAGCCAUUUGAUGAGCUAUUUAGCAGUCUUGUUUAGAAUACAGUGAGGGAAAAAAGUAUUUGAUCCCCUGCUGAUUUUGUACGUUUGCCCACUGACAAAGAAAUGAUCAGUCUAUAAUUGUAAUGGUAUGUUUAUUUGAACAGUGAGAGACAGAAUAACAACAAAACAAUUCAAAAAAACGCAUGUCAAAAAUGUUAUAAAUUGAUUUGCAUUUUAAUGAGGGAAAUGAGUAUUUGACCCCCUCUCAAUGAGAAAGAUUUCUGGCUCCCAGGUGUCUUUUAUACAGGUAACGAGCUGAGAUUAGGAGCACACUCUUAAAGGGAGUGCUCCUAAUCUCAGUUUGUUACCUGUAUAAAAGACACCUGACCACAGAAGCAAUCAAUCAAUCAGAUUCCAAACUCUCCACCAUGGCCAAGACCAAAGAGCUCUCCAAGGAUGUCAGGGACAAGAUUGUAGACCUACACAAGGCUGGAAUGGGCUACAAGACCAUCGCCAAGCAGCUUGGUGAGAAGGUGACAACAGUUGGUGCGAUUAUUCGCAAAUGGAAGAAACACAAAAUAACUGUCAAUCUCCCUCGGCCUGGGGCUCCAUGCAAGAUCUCACCUCGUGGAGUUGCAAUGAUCAUGAGAACGGUGAGGAAUCAGCCCUGAACUACACGGGAGGAUCUUGUCAAUGAUCUCAAGGCAGCUGGGACCAUAGUCACCAAGAAAACAAUUGGUAACAGACUACACCGUGAAGAACUGAAAUCCUGCAGCGCCCGCAAGGUCCCCCUACUCAAGAAAGCACUGAAGUUUGCCAAUGACCAUCUGAAUGAUUCAGAGGAGAACUGGGUGAAAGUGUUGUGGUCAGAUGAGACCAAAAUCGACCUCGUUGGCAUCAACUCAACUCGCCGUGUUUGGAGGAGGAGGAAUGCUGCCUAUGACCCCAAGAACACCAUCCCCACUGUCAAACAUGGAGGUGGAAACAUUAUGCUUUGGGGGUGUUUUUCUGCUAAGGGGACAAGACAACUUCACCGCAUCAAAGGGAUGAUGGACGGGCCAUGUACCGUCAAAUCUUGGGUGAGAACCUCCUUCCCUCAGCCAGGGCAUUGAAAAUGGGUCGUGGAUGGGUAUUCCAGCAUGACAAUGGCCCAAAACACACAGCCAAGGCAACAAAGGAGUGGCUCAAGAAGAAGCACAUUAAGGUCCUGGAGUGGCCUAGCCAGUCUCCAGACCUUAAUCCCAUAGAAAAUCUAUGGAGGGAGCUGAAGGUUCGAGUUGCCAAACAUCAGCCUCGAAACCUUAAUGACUUGGAGAAGAUCUGCAAAGAGGAGUGGGACAAAAUCCCUCCUGAGAUGUGUGCAAACCUGGUGGCCAACUACAAGAAACGUCUGACCUCUGUGAUUGCCAACAAGGGUUUUGCCACCAAGUACUAAGUCAUGUUUUGCAGAGGGGUCAAAUAAUGAUUUCCCUCAUUAAAAUGAAAAUCAAUUUCUAACAUUUUUGACAUGCGUUUUUCUGGAUUUUGUUGUUGUUAUUCUGUCUCUCACUGUUCAAAUAAACCUACCAUUACAAUUAUAGACUGAUCAUUUCUUUGUCAUUGGGCAAACGUACAAAAUCAGCAGGGGAUCAAAUACUUUUUUCCCUCACUGUACUUAUGGCUUGGGGGUUGAAGCUGUUCAGGGUCCUUUUGGUUCCAGACUUGGUGCAUUGGUACCGCUUGCCAUGCAGUAGCAGAGAGCACAGUCUGUGGCUUGGGUGGCUGAAGUCUUCAGUGUUUGACUAAAUAGUCAGUUGGUCCCUCCCACUAGGUGAUCUAUAAGAAGUUCAACAUUCCGUGUCCACUGGAGGAGAUAACCAGUCACAAUAACCACUCAGCGUACGCCCUGGAGGAGAGUCAUGGUAAUCACUCAUUCGUCACCCCAGCAUACGUCAAUUCUGAUGAGGACUUCUGUGACCCACAGCUAUUCACCAUCAACACACAGGUCAGAGAGGAAGAGACGUGUAAUACAGGCAGACAUUGUAUUUAACAUUAAAUUACACAUUUUCUGAUUGUUAGUUUUCUAGAUUUGUGUCUCAGGCAAUCUAGCUUUGUUAGGAUUAUGAAUUAUCUCUCUAGACAGUGAUUUGUUAUGGCAAUACAGUAUAUGUGUUUACUAUACUCAAAUGAGCAGCUAGUUAUGUUUGUAAAUUUGAACCAUUUAAUUCAUGGUUUGUUUUCCUUCAGACAGCAUAUACCAUCCCCAUCCUGGCUUUCGCUUUUGUCUGCCACCCUGAGGUGCUUCCCAUCUACACAGAGCUACAAGAGUAAGUCAUGAUCUGACACAACUCAGAUAAGAGAUGCAACACAUAUCCUCAUGAUUCACACACAUACUACAGUAGACUCUAAUGCCAUAUUCAGGUACUAACUACUGCCAAAUUCAGGUAUUAAUCUAUCUUUGUCUGUCCACUGUGACCUUAGUGCCACCAAGAAACGCAUGCAGACAGUUGCCAACAUCUCCAUUCUGGCCAUGUUUGUCAUGUACGGUCUAACCGCUAUCUUCGGUUACCUCACCUUCUUUGGUAAAUUACUGCUCCUGAAGCAAUGAGAAUAUUAAAGUACUAAUUAUGUUCAGACUGUUUACUCGUGUUGUUGCUAUGUUGUUACCAUAUUGAGAAGUCUGGAAUUGGAGAACUGGUGUAUGAACGUAUGGUUAUGACCUUUUUAAGGCAUACAUGUGUGUCUUGAAGUAUAACCACCAUUCUCAGUUUUUCUGUGUUUUAGGUGGAGUAGAGUCAGAGCUCCUUCAUACAUACAUUAAAGUGGACCCCUUGGACACCCUGAUCCUGUGUGUGCGUAUGGCUGUGCUGGUGGCUGUUACUCUCACUGUCCCUGUGGUACUCUUUCCGGUGAGACUCAAACCUAUCAUGCAGCCCUGAACAGUAUGAUAAUUACAAGCAGGUAGAGGUGGGCAGCAGCUACCAGAACAGUGUGUGCUGACUUGUGUUUAUGUAUUCUCAUAUUGGCUAACAGGUUCCAAGAACGUAUUUGACAUGCUUCUCCUGAGACAUGGCUGCGUCCCAAAUGGCACACUAUUCUAUAUAUAGUGCACUACUUUUGACCAGGGCCCAUAGGACUCUGGUUAAAAGUAGUGCACUAGGUAGGGGAAUAGGGUGUCAAUUGGGCCGCAACCAUGGUGUAUGAUGCAGGCCUGGUGACAUCUCUCUGUCCCUCCUCCCCCCUCUUUAGAUCCGCAGGGCCCUGCUGCAGCUGCUGUUCCCUGAGAAGCCCUUCCACUGGGCUCGCCACAUCACCAUUGCUGUGUGUCUCCUCAUCAUCGUCAACCUACUGGUCAUCUUCGUGCCCACCAUUCGAGACAUCUUCGGCAUCAUCGGUAAGUGUGCAGAGACGGAGACAUUUAAAAUGGCUGACUCUGGUUUCAAAGCAAACAUAAUUUAGAUUCACAGACUAUUGUUAUCCAAAGUAGAAACUAUGACCUCUAAUAGUUUUGUUCCUAUUGAAAAUGUUCACAUUCGACCCCCCCCCCCCCCCACCUCUUCACCCCUCCCUUCCCCACUCCCUCCCUCCCUCCCUUCCUCCACCUCUUCUCCCUUCCCAACCCAGGGGCGACCUCUGCACCCAGCCUGAUCUUCAUCCUCCCAGGAAUCUUCUACAUCAGGAUUGUUCCUGAAGAAACGGAACCUCUAAAAUCCAAACCAAAGAUUAUGGUAAAACCUCAAUCCGUUGUCUCAUCUUCUUUAGCAAUGUAGCAGUAAAUAGUCUACAGUAAUUAGUAGUAUAAUAGUCAAGUUUAUUAUAUUAAUGAAUGUCAGAGAAUGUGCUGUCAUCCAUCUCUUUGCCUCCCCCUCUGUCUCUGCAGGCUGCCUGUUUUGCUGUGUUAGGCUUCGUCUUCAUGGUGAUGAGUACGUCAUUCAUCAUCAUUGACUGGGUGUCUGGAGAGUCUCGGAGUGGAGGCGGACACUAG